AAUUAGACAACGCAAGUUGUUACUAAUGAUAAUUUGCGUCUGUUAGUCUACAUUUACUUCCAAUAUCCGUCUAAUGGAUGACUUUUCUUUUCUGAAAUGUGUCAUUCGCUGAGUUAAAUGCAGAGUGCCCGCCAUGUUGGCUCAUGAUUUUACUCUGUAUUCGGCUGCUCUGUCUGUUUCAACAUGGCGCAGUAAAAACCAAGAUUUGUUUUUCAUGGCUCCGAAGUAUGUUUCAGUACAUUAACCGACCAGUCCAGUUUAACAGAUACCUCCAGUCAGCAGGGAACGCUCUCAACAGCAAACACAAUUUUAGGCUCGUGUCAUCCUUACCCCUCAGAAUGACCGACCCAGCUGUGAAGAGGGUGGUGAGUGACAUAAUUCGCUCUCCUGAGGACAAGCGGGUCUACAGGGGCCUGGAGUUCACCAAUGGCCUGAAGGCUGUGCUCAUCAGUGACCCAACGACAGACAAGUCCUCAGCAGCUUUGGAUGUCCAAAUAGGUUCGUUGUCGGACCCAGAAAACAUCUCAGGCCUGGCCCACUUUUGUGAACACAUGCUGUUCCUUGGAACUGAGAAGUACCCGAAAGAGAAUGAGUACAGCCAGUUCUUAAGCGAGCAUGCUGGCAGCUCCAAUGCCUUCACCAGCGGAGAGCACACCAACUACUACUUUGAUGUGUCCCAUGAGCAUUUGCAAGGAGCACUAGAUAGGUUUGCCCAGUUCUUCCUGUGCCCGCUGUUUGAUGAGAGCUGUAAGGACCGGGAGGUGAAUGCUGUGGACUCGGAGCAUGAGAAGAACCUAAUGAACGAUGCUUGGAGGCUGUUUCAGUUGGAGAAGGCCACUGGUAACCCCAACCACCCCUUCAGUAAAUUUGGAACAGGUAACAAAUUGACCCUUGAGACCCGGCCGUCUAAAGAUGGGAUUGACAUCCGCCAGGAGCUCCUGAAAUUUCACUCCACAUACUACUCCUCUAACCUCAUGGGACUCUGUGUGUUAGGAAGAGAAUCACUAGACGAGUUGACCUCUAUGGUUGUCAAGCUGUUUGGAGCUGUAGAGAACAAGAGUGUGCCUAUCCCAGAAUUCCCUGAGCAUCCUUUUCAGGAGGAACAUCUCAGACAAUUCUACAAAGUGGUGCCUAUUAAAGACAUCAGAAACCUGUAUGUGACCUUCCCGAUCCCGGACCUACAGAAGUACUACAAGUCCAAUCCAGGACACUAUCUGGGCCAUCUGAUUGGUCACGAGGGACCAGGAAGUUUGCUAUCAGAGCUCAAAUCUAAAGGCUGGGUAAACACGCUGGUUGGAGGGCAAAAAGAGGGAGCCAGAGGAUUCAUGUUCUUCAUCAUCAAUGUGGAUUUGACUGAGGAGGGGCUCUUACACGUAGAGGACAUCAUCUUCCACAUGUUCCAGUACAUCCAGAAACUGCGCACUGAGGGACCCCAGGAGUGGGUGUUUGAGGAGUGCAAGGAUUUAAACAAAGUGGCCUUUAGGUUCAAGGACAAAGAGCGACCCCGUGGCUACACUUCCAAAGUGGCCGGUUUACUACAUUAUUAUCCCCUUGAAGAGGUUCUGGCAGCAGAGUACCUUCUGGAAGACUUCAGGCCAGAUCUGAUAGAGAUGGUGCUGGAUAAGCUGAGACCAGAGCAUGUCAGAGUCGCAGUGGUGUCAAAGUCGUUUGAAGGGCAAACUGACAAGACGGAAGAGUGGUAUGGCACACAGUACAAACAGGAGGCCAUCUGUGAUGAGGUCAUCAAGAAAUGGCAAAAUGCAGACCUCAAUGGCAAGUUCAAGUUACCUAUGAAGAAUGAGUUCAUCCCUACCAACUUUGAGAUCUACCCUCUGGAGAAAGACUCCUCACCCGUCCCCACUUUAAUCAAGGACACUGCUAUGAGUAAGGUGUGGUUCAAGCAGGAUGACAAGUUCUUUCUGCCCAAGGCAUGCCUGAACUUUGAGUUCUUCAGUCGCUACCUAUAUGCUGAUCCCCUGCACUGCAACAUGACCUACCUGUUACUCAGGUUACUGAAGGAUGAUUUAAAAGAGUAUACAUAUGCAGCCCGCCUGGCCGGGCUGGUCUAUGGCGUAGCCUCAGGGAUGAAUGCCAUUCUCCUCUCAGUGAAGGGCUACAACGACAAGCAGCACAUCCUGCUGAAGAAGAUCAUCGAGAAGAUGGCCACCUUUGAGAUCGAUGAGAAGCGCUUUGACAUCAUCAAGGAAGCGUACAUGAGGUCUUUAAACAACUUCAGAGCUGAGCAGCCGCACCAGCAUGCCAUGUACUACCUCCGUCUGCUAAUGACCGAGGUUGCCUGGACCAAAGACGAGCUCAGAGAGGCUCUAGAUGAUGUCACUCUCCCACGCCUCAAGGCCUUCAUACCUCAGCUAUUGUCACGGUUACAUAUUGAAGCCCUUCUCCAUGGCAACAUCACCAAGGAGUCUGCUCUUGGCAUGAUGCAGAUGGUGGAGGACACACUCAUCGAGCAUGCACACACUAAGCCUCUGCUUCCCAGCCAGCUGAUUCGAUACAGAGAGGUGCAAGUUCCCGACGGUGGGUGGUAUGUUUACCAGCAGAGGAACGAGGUGCACAACAACUGUGGCAUUGAGAUCUACUACCAGACGGACAUGCAGACCACCCACGACAACAUGCUGCUGGAGCUGUUCUGUCAGAUCAUCUCCGAGCCCUGCUUCAACACUCUGCGUACCAAAGAACAGCUGGGCUACAUAGUGUUCAGUGGGCCCCGGCGGGCCAACGGGGUCCAGGGCCUGCGCUUCAUCAUCCAGUCUGAGAAGGCCCCCCACUACCUGGAGAGCCGCGUGGAGGCUUUCCUCCGCACCAUGGAGAAGUCUGUGGAGGAGAUGAGCGAGGAGGCCUUCCAGAAACACAUCCAGGCCCUGGCCAUCCGCCGCCUGGACAAGCCCAAGAAGCUGGCAGCCGAGUGCGCCAAGUACUGGGGGGAGAUCAUAUCCCAGCAGUACAAUUUCGACAGAGAUAACAUUGAGGUGGCCUAUCUGAAGACUUUGACAAAAGAAAACAUAAUGCAGUUCUACAGAGAACUUCUGGCUAUUGACGCCCCUAAGAGACACAAGGUGUCGGUGCACGUCCUCUCUAGGGAAAUGGAUUCUUGUCCCGUUGUGGGAGAGUUCCCUGCCCAGAAUGAUGUCAACUUGGCCCCAGCCCCGUCCCUGCCACAGCCCACGUUGGUGCAGGACAUGACCGAGUUCAAGAGGAGCCUGCCUCUCUUCCCCCUGGCCAAGCCUCACAUCAACUUCAUGGCUGCCAAACUGUGAGCGAGGCUGGCAGGACGACCCAGAGCAGCAUGGGAGCGCCGGGGAGGGCAGCCGGGACCCUGCUUCGCCCCCCCACGCCACCUAAACACCCCUCCCUCCCCAAUGACCCUGUCAGGAACACACUCAUCUGACUGAGCCUGCAUGAGCGUGUGUGUGUGUGUGUUAGUGUGUAAAUGUGUGCGCGCGUGGCAGGCUGGAGCCACUAGUGGAGAUGCUUGGAAACAAAACGCGUGUGUUUGAAUCACCAACUUAGCCGUGGUUGUCGACAUAGCCGUGAUAACAGUAGAGGUCACACCAGACUCACCUCAUGUUUAAGUCUCUGAAAGGAGAUGCAACACACACACACACGCAUUCACAAUACUGUGUAGGCUGUUUUAGAGGAAGUAGUACUGACUGGCUGAAGUCUUUCAAAAGAAAACAAAAAACAAAGGGCCACGUCCCUGCAAACCAGUGCAAGUAUACUUCAGAUGCUCCACAAUAGAAGUGUUUUUAUUUGAAUUAUCCAGAGACAUGCUGCUUUGAGAGUGAAUUGUCAGUAAAUCAUGGUGAAAAGGAGGCUGUAGAGUUUUAAGGACAGUAGCUCCAUGAAGGUCUUCUCUUUUCGUUUUGACACAUGCUGGACUGAUUGAUCUUUACCAUGUAACUCUUCUUCUUCGAGGCACCGUGGCACUUCCGGGAAAAAAAAAAAAAAAGUGUUAUCACAAAAAGCACACUCAGACGAACAGAAUAUUUUAUUCAAAUUUGUGUACUUCUGAAGAAUAUCUGCCUUAUAAUUAUCCUUUUAAUCCUCACAGGUUUUGAAAUGUUUUUGCUUGUAAACUGGUAAAAUGUUGGGACCCUUUGAGGAGCUGUUUUAAAUUGCUAAUCGGCAAAGAAACCAUGCCCAUGAAAAUUGUUCUAUUUUUAUUAUUAUUUUUUUUCCGAAUGCAUUUUACAGUCGUAUAUUAUCCAGACGUCAUCUCAGGGGUACCUCCAUAUUUUUUUUAACUUUUGAUUAUAUGAGCGAUUGGUCAAGAAUAAACAUUUCUUUUUUUAUCCAGCGUCAUUUACAUUAAUACUUUGUUCAGUCGCAAAGAGAGCAGUGUAAUCCUUAAAAUGGUUCUUUUCUUUCAUCACUUAGUGAGACUGUCAUUCCUUCACUGUCUGCAUUUGAGACUUACUGUAGCUUGUGCCUUUCUAGGGGGGCUUUAGUUGGUUUGUUUCUGGCUGUCUAGUUUGUCAGAACCGGCUAGUGAGCUCUCACCAAGAUGGACUGUGCUGUCCAAAGAGUCUGCCAAGCAGCCGGCUGCACUGAGCUGCUCUGGGGCCAGACCUGCAGCCAAGUGCUGGUGACUCUCAUCCCCUGAACACGCUGGACCCUGGAGAAUCAAAUGAUCCAUGUGGCUCUCAGCAGCGUAGAUGUCUGAAAGGCUUUUCUCUCCAAGAAUCAUGUUACACAUUUCAGUUGUCUUACGAGGUUGAAGGAAAGCUCGAGACUUGCUGGAUUUUAUCCUGAAUAUAUGCACUUCUUCUCUCACUAAGCAAUAAAGUUGACGACGCUGAGCUGGGAACAGUGUGACUCCAAAUUCAAGUGUUGCUCUGCACUGUUGAGUAGCAUGCCACAGCAGCUGUAUCCACACACUGUGCUCGCAGGCUCCAGCUUCCCUCCAGCCUAAAAACCGUGGAGAGGUUUGUGCCGUUCUGAGCGGUUGGCGAUGCAUGGAUAGUCAUGUCAGUGCCAUGUCAGCAUGGCCUGCUCUCUCAGGUGCUAACCAGCCUUGCCAAGUCAAACCACUGCUGGCUGGAGCUGCCAACCACUCUGUCAAAACAGCCAAAAUCAGAGUUAUGUGUUUUUUUUUUUUCUCCCCCUCUUUCUUUAUCCUCCCUCAUAGUUCCUCUCUCAGGCCUAGAUCAUUGUUCAUUCAUCUAAUGCUGCAUAGUGCUGAAGGAAUAAUUGUCAUAAACUUAUUGAAAUAAGGAUUACUGUUGUGUUAAUGUAGUACCAAAAGCUUCUUCAAUGUUUUCCAGCAUUUUACUACGUCUAACAACCAGAUCAAAACCACUGUAAUGGAUUUUAAUUCAGUGUGAUCCCACAAGGGGCCCAUGCCUCUUCAUCACUUGCUCCUGUGCUAAAAAGGCACGUUUCCCUUUGUGGUCAAAACCCAGACAACCAGCAGCAUAGCUUUGAUAGAAAUUCACUCACAGGCAGUAGCUUGCCAGCGUCUGGGGGGAGGCGACCAACCUGUUUGCUCACUUUACAUGCCAAGUAUUCAAGAGACUAGAAGCAUUACAUAUCAGGCUUGGAUGGGCCGCGUCCCGUUUACCUAGUGAAGUAGACAACGUGAAGAUGGGUUUACAUUUAGAUAAUCACAGUAAACAUUUUAUUUCAGAGAAUGUCUUCAGAACCAUAUAAGAUUGUGAUUGGCUGGCCGAGUUCACAGCCCAGUGAUGCAAGAGUGCUGGUGUUUUUGAGUUGGUUCUUUUUAUUGUCUCCUGUGUGUUUCUAAUUAAUAAAUGACUCAAUGGAAA